GCAAGUGUAGACACGGUCACCAGUGGCAUUUUGAGUUUAAGUGGUUGCCAUUGGAAGAGGGUCUAUCUAGCUAUCUGGGGAUGUGCUCUGAAUUGCCAAGGCCAAGCUACUGGGUUGCUCGGAUCGCCAAUCUAUUUUGAAGCAUGUGCUACAGUGCUCUUGUUGUGUUUAACUGAGUUGUUUGAUGGCACAUCUUGUGUCUGGAAAUGGCACCUGAAGGCUGCUAGUGCAAUCCUGAAGUUUCCAGCCUUCCAAUCGCUGGUUUCAUCAGAUGAGUGGACUUUUUGUAUUAGUCUAUUUCACUAUCUGGACUCCAUGUCGACCAUCUCUCAUUGCAAGGCACCCCUGCUGCAGAACAGCAAUAGCAUGACAGAGCUCACGAGCUCCUUCUGGCGCAGCAGUGUACCA